CUAUGUAUUAAAUCAUAAGAAUAAUAAUAAAGUUAACCCUGGUGCUAUCAGCGACUGUACAUUUUCAUAUAUUAGUAGUCACAAAAUAGCUUUAACCCAAAAUGUUCAUUUACAUGAGUAAAAAAAUUGCAAUACCAAAACAAUCUAAUGUAAAUUGUAUAUCAUGGAAUCAAUCAACUGGGUACAUUGCUGUCGGUGGGGAAGAUGGAAUGUUAAAAGUUUUAAAAUUAGAGUCAGGUGGUGGUGGAAAUCUUUCCAUGAAUCUGACGCUGGAGGGUCAUACAGGCCAUUUACAAGUUGCAAUAUGGAAUGAAGUUUUCCAGAAACUCACAACCAGUGAUGAACAUGGUGUCAUUAUUGUUUGGAUGCUGUAUAAAGGUUCUUGGUAUGAAGAAAUGAUCAACAAUAGAAAUAAGUCUACAGUGUCAAGCAUGGCAUGGGGUUCAGAUGGACAAAAGAUUUGCAUAGCAUAUGCAGAUGGUGCUGUUAUUGUUGGUUCUGUGGAUGGUUCCCGUGUUUGGGGAAAAGAUAUUAAAGGACCUGGUUUGAAUGCUGUUCAGUGGUCACCAGAUAACUCGCUCUUACUUUUUGCAUUAUCAAAUGGAGAAUUACAUUUAUAUGAUGAACAAGGGAACUUUAUAAUGCCAGUAGUGGCCAACGGAAGUUCAGAUUCAAUGGAGAUUAUAACUAUGGACUGGUAUUCAGGCAGAGCACCUGCUAAUAGACCUGUUUUAGUGAUUUGUUACAAAAGCGGUCAACUGUUACUAAUGAAAAGUUGUAUAGAAGAAGAAAGUGUUGUUGUUGAAACUAAUAUGACCAUCAUUGACUGUCACUGGAAUCAUAAUGGAACAAUAUUAGCGACAGCAGGCUGUACAAAGGAGCAAGCGAAUGUCAUACAAUUUUUUACUGCUUAUGGUGAGCAAGUUAGGACGCUACGAGUGCCGGGUGGUUCGAUGAGAGCGUUGUCGUGGGAGAGAUGUUCUCUCCGACUGGCUAUAGCUAUUGAUUCAUAUAUUUACUUUGCCAAUGUCAAGCCUGAUCAUAAGUAUGCAUACUACGGGAACACGCUAGCAUUCGUUUCGGACACCGAUACUGUAACGUUCUGGGACACUGUGACACAUCAGUCAUGGAUAAAUCAUAUUCCUAACGUCAUAGAUAUGUGUGGAGUAGAGGAAUAUUGUGUAAUAGCCACUUUGAAUACUCUUAUUAUCUCGAACCAACAAGGAAUUCAAUGCGAUGCAAAAGCAAUAACUAUGCCUGUGGUUGGUGUUACAAUAAACAGUAAAGCGGUUGUCGUGGCCGCGUCAAAGGAUUCCUUUUUAAUAUGGAAAUUUUCUAUACCAUCCAGACCACAUACUUCGGAGCAAUUAUAUCGUGCUGAUGGAAGUCCCAUGUCCGCCGGGGAAGGUUUCCAAGAUGACACCAUCUGUUGUGUGACAUGUUCGGACAGUCAUCUAUUAGUUGGCAGAGAUUCUGGCACGAUAUUGCUUUUCUCUCUCGUCAAUUUCAAGAAAAUAACAUCUAUUAAUAUGAAUGCUAAACCUUAUAAAAUGGGUUUGAAUUCAAAUUCUAGUAAGUUCUUCGUAAUAGACCAACCAGGGUCGUUAUACGUUUUGGAUACGGAUAUGGCCAACAAUAUAAGUAUGGGUCAAGCUCUGCGCAAAGACGUUUGGAGUGCUUUGUGGGCGACCGACAAUUGCCAAAUGUUAGCCGUCGCCGAGAAGGCCCGCUUGUAUGUCAUGAGGGACAAUGAGCCCGAAGAGCCUCUCACUAUGCAAGGCUAUCUCUGCAAGUUUAAGGAAUUGGAAAUAACGAGUGCACUUUUGGACAAUAUAACCGAUAAAUGUACACCGCAACACAUAGUGCGAGUGGAAGUCAAGUCUCUGAGGGACACGCGACAGUUGAUCGAAAAAGUAGGACUGAAAGAGGCGGAGAGCUUCAUUAAAGAUAAUCCGCAUCCACAACUUUGGUUACUUUUAGCAGAGGGUGCGCUGAAGAAUUUCGAAUCGGAGUCAGGUCUGGAGACGGCGGAGGCGGCGUUCGUGAGACGGAACGACUACGCCGGCAUACGGUUCGUGACAAGAUUGAAAGCUUUACAUUCCAACGCACUCAAGAAAGCCGAGAUACUCGCUUAUUUCAAAGACUUCGAUGCUGCAGAAAAAAUAUACCAUGACGAAGAUAGGCGAGAUUUAGCUAUUGCACUACGGAAGCGUUUGGGUCAUUGGUUUCGAGUGGUAGAACUAUUGAAGAUGUCUGUGAACACGACAGACGCUGAAGUUAAGCAAGCGUACAUCAACAUCGGUGAUUACUAUUUAGAUCGACAGAAUUGGACUGGUGCUAUCGAAUAUUACUCAAUGUCUAAUAAUAUGGAAGGGUUAAAGAAAUGCUACAUGGCAUUAGAAGAUAACGAGUCUUUAGCUAAAUUAUUCAUCGGAUCACCGCGGCAAGCCAAGGACGGGGGGAAGCAAGUCGUUUUGGACGAUAUUAACGACGCAAAUCAGAUUGUGUCGUUACAAAAUAUUAUUCAACUGAAAGAGAAUGGAAGAAUGCUUCAAGCGGCAGCUAUGGCUUUUCAGUUAGCUAACAAUGAGGCGUCUCAAAAAGCAUCGCCCUUGCGUAUCAAGAAACUAUACAUCUUAGCCGGUCAUCUUUAUACACAAAACUCAGUCGAGGGGUGCAAGAGUCGUGAGGCGGUGCGGUGCUACCGUGCGGCGAGCGCGCAGCACUGGUUGUGUUUGGCGGCGCGACGUGCGCGCUCGCGGCCCGUGCGCGCGGACUCUGCGCGCGCCGUCGCGCACCGCCUGGCCGCGCACGCUGACGACCUGCAUGUAGCGCAACACAUCCAGAUGUGGUGUACGAUUGCUGCCAUUGCAUUACAAGUGAAAGCUUUCGAGCUGUGUUCAAAAGCUUUCAUUAAAUUGGAAGCUCUAGAGCCUGACGUUUUUGAAGAGCUUGCCAUAGAAAUAUUCACUCGAUGCAAACCCAAAGAUAACAGAGGAAAUAAAUUUGACUGUCCAAGUUGUCAAACGAGCAUACCCGACUGGUCUGUGCGAUGUUUGUCGUGCGGGGCGCAGUUCCCCGGCUGUGUAGUGUCGGGGCGCGUGCUGAGCGCGGCGCACGCGACCUGGUCGUGUACCACUUGUGCCGCCGCCGCGCAACGACAUGACCUCGUCAUACGACACUCCUGCCCCAUGUGCCAUGUCCAGCUGCCCUAGUCAUAAAGACUUCAUACCUCCACAUCACGAACUCGAGGUUAAUAAAUAAUGUCACAUAAUAAUCACCAAUUUCCAACUUUGUUACAUCUAGUAGGCA